AUGGAUUCACCUAGUAUCAUUGUCUUGAAUACCGAUUUACCAAGGGGACCAUAACUUUCUCCCAAAACUUCCUAUAUCAGGUAUGUUAAGGAUUGUUCCUCUUCAUAUAUUUAAUAAGAAAGUGAACGAAAUUAUGAUGAAAUACUCAGCCAAAAUAUUAGCGAAUCUCAUUAAGAAAUGAAAUUACCUAAUAUGACAUCUAGUAGAAGAACAUCUAAAAAGUUAGAAAAAGCAUUUAAAUUUACUUAAAUUGCUAAAUAAAAUAAAAUCAUAGAGAAAUUCAAAAACAAUCUGUUAUAAUUUUCAUACAUCAUGCCAUAAAAAUUUAAAAAUUAGUUAUUAUCCAUUGAAAAUUAUCUAUAAAAGGAUAAACUCAAAAAGACAUCAAGUAUUUUACUAUCCAUAAUUUAUAGGUUAGAUUACUGGGAAAAAUUAAAAUAAUAUUAUUUCUCCAUCAAAUAUAUUUUUAUUUUAUUGGGAAAUUUUCAAUAUUCUCCUACUAUUUAUUUCUCUCUGGAUUUGUGCCCUUAUUGUAUCAUUUCCAAAUUCAAAUGAGAUUCAUUUUCAAUCUUUUGGUUGUUUAUUUAUUACCAUCAAUAUAAUUGAAAUAAUAAUUUCAUUAAAUAAAGAAAUAUAUAUUGAUGGUUAAAUCAUUCACAAUAGAAAUGAUAUUUUUAUUAAUUACUUUAUAAAGUCAUCCUUAUUAGAUGUUUUAUCUAUAUUUAUUUGGAUUAUGGUAUCUUUUAGAGCAUUAGAUUAAAAUAGUAUCAUUUAAAUGUUUGCAAUCCUGCUUUUGAUAAUAAUUUUUGCUAGAAUCUUUCGAGUAUAUGAUUAUAUUGUAGAAUAAUUAUAUUAAAAAGGAUUUGGCGAUUAUGCUUUUGAUCUUUUAACUUUAGUUGUAAGUAUAUACUUCUUCGCUCACAUAAUGGCUUGUUUAUGGUUAAUGGUUGGAUUAAAUUCAAGUGAUGAAAGAAUGAAUUGGAUUAGAGACAAUGAUUUAGAAAAUGAAUCUAUUUGGACUAAAUAUAAUAAUGCCUUCUAUUGGGCUACAAUGACUAUGGUAACAGUUGGAUAUGGUGAUAUUACUCCAAAAAAUAAUUAUGAAAUGGCAUUUGCUAAUGUAGCAAUGUUUUUUUCAAGUUGUGUUUUUGCAUACUCGAUGAAUGCAAUAGGAAUUUUGCUUAAAGGUUUCAAUGAUAUCAAAUAAAAUUACAAGUAAGUUAUCAUAAUAUUAAAGAAAAUCAGUUAUAAUCAUGAAUUAGUAUAUGAAAUCUAAUAAUGUUGAUGAUUAAAUUCAAAACAAAGUCAGAAACAAUCUCAAAUAUUUAAUUUACAGUUAGGAAUCUGAUAAUACUGAUGCUAAAAAAUUAGUAAAUAAAUUAUCAAUAGGUCUAUAAUAAGAAUUACAUGCAGAUAUUCUUGGAAAGAUUAUUAAAAAUAUAAAAGUAUUGUCUUGUAACUUUAGUAAAUAAAUUUUGUAAGAAAUUUAAGGCAUGGUUAAAAUAGUAUAAUUUUCACCAGGAGAAUUUAUUUAAAAAGGCGAAAACAUUUUAAAUGAAGAUGAAUUGUUUUUGUAAUAUAUUAUCAUAAAAUUAGAUAUUAUGUAAUUAAAGGAAAAGUAAACUUUAUUUCGAAUACAACUAAUUCAUUGAUUUAUACAUUAGGAUCAGGAGAAACAUUUAAUUAAUAUGAAUUUUUUACUGGAUUUUGUGAUUAAAAAAUUGAUAUAAUAAGUGAUGAUUUUUGUUAAUUAGUAAAAUUGAGUAAAUCAUAAUUUAUAAAAUUGAUAUUGGAAUCUAAGAAAGAUUGGGAAAUAUUUCAUUAAAUAAAGGAUAAUGCAGCAAAUAAUAAUGAUUUAACAGAUUUAAAUUAUAAAUGUUAAUUUUGUCAUAGGAGUACACAUUUAAGAUAAAAUUGUCCUCUAUUAACAUAUUAACCUAAUAUUUAGCAUAAAUUAAAAAAGUAAUAAAAAUUAAAAAAAAAGCAACAUCGAUCCAUAACUAAUAGAAAUUGUGUGAAAUUAAACAGUAAAAUGAUAAUGGAGGAAGUAAAAAUGAGUAUUUAAUAAUAUAUGAUGAAUAACAUUACUGAUUUUACUGAAAAUUUAUCAAGGAAAGAAUCAAAAGUGAUUGAAUAAGAUGAUGAUUAACAAUUUAAAAAGAUAGAAUUUAUUUCAAGUACUCCAAUUUAAGUUAGAAAUACUCCAGCUAAAAAAACAACAAUAAUUUAGAAUAUAGGAAGUUAAAAUUAUAUUAGAAGUAAAUUUUCAGCUGGUACUCCAUUAAGAGCAAAUAAUCAACUAAAAUUUAAUAAAGAAACUUCGCAUUAAAAUUCAACAAAUUAAUCAUAACCGAUCGUUUCUUAAACUAAUUUGUUACCAACACUUUCAUUUAAAAUGCUUGAUCAUGUUUUCGACUCUAUGAAGUUUAGUUAUAUUAACAUAGAUAAAAUGUAAAAUUAUAUUAAUUAUCUACCUCAUAAUAAUUUAAGACGCAUUUUGAUUUAAAUAGAUACCUAAAAUUAGCAAGUCAGAGAUAUUGCAAAAGGUAUAGUUAAAGUUGAUAAAUCUUUCGGAUUUACUGCAAAAUUAAGAAGUCAAAAGCAGAAAAAUAAUGCUUCAAGAUAAAGUUAAUUUAAUAUAAAAACUUGA